AUGAUGGUGGCACGAGUGAAAGCCGAUUCACGGGUGGUGCGAAGUGAACCGCCCACGUACGUUUCUAUCAAUGAGGAAAGCGAGCAUUCCGAAGUGGAAGAACAGGAGGAAGAAGUUGAAGAACCUGGAGGAAAAGUUGGAAAGUUUGUGCCCAGCAGAAGGAGCCACGAUGAGGCGCCUACGCACAAACCUCGCUAUCCUCGAGAGGACACAUUUACACGAACAGUCUCCGCUCAGUCACUCCCUGUGAAUGAUCGCCUGGAGGAGCUCUCACAAAUGAGCAUCUAUGAUAGGACCCUUCACAUGCUUGCAGUAGACCCUAUCUAUCAAAAAGAGGUAGCACUCGGAAAACGGAUAGGUUUUUAUCGACUAGGCAAAGAGCUCGGUGCAGGAAAUUUCUCAAAAGUGAAGCUAGGAAUCCAUGUUCUAACUAAAGGUGAGCCUUUAAUCUCACGAUCUACUUACGGAACAAAAAACAAUUGA